CCUCCAUCGCUUCGGCGGCUGGAGUGACGUCGGGUUCGACAUGUUUGGCAACGCGCACCAAUUGUUGAAUCAAAAAGUGUCCCCCUUUGCCAUCGACCUGGAUUCGUCCUUCAACGGUCCAUCCCAGGGCUACGGGGGUAAGCACAGCAAUUCUCCUCCCUACCACCUCCGCAACCGGC